GUGGGGAAUGUUCUUGUGAAGAGAGCAGGUGCAGUGCCUCCCUUCUCUCUCUCUCUCUCUCUCCCUCUCUCUCUCUCUCUGUUUCUCUGUCUGUCUCUCUCUUUUCUGGCAUCAGCAGUAGGGGAGAGUAGAAGGCUGUCUGUGUAUGUCUGGCUGCAGUGUCGUAGACUUGAGCCGCGGUAAAAUCCCACAGGAGAUUAGAGCGGGAAUACACGCUAGUCCGGACUCUUUAGAAAUGGCAUCCUUAGGAUAAAGCAACAAACAGGCAAAACAAGCGCAAGCGUGAUGAGGAAUGGAUGAAUGUUGUCUCAUGGAAAACCUGCACGCUGUCUCUCUCUUUUUUUAACCCUUCUGUUUUUCUCUUUCCGUCCGUCUUCGGCAAGCUCUCUCCUCCCUCCCUCCUACCCUCCCUCCUCUCAUCCCUCCGCUCCGCUCCCUUUCUCUCUCUCUCUCUCUCUCUCUCUCUCAUUCUCUCUAGCGCUCUCUCAGUGGAGGAAUGUAGAUAGAGGGAGAGCGUACGCCUGCUGUUCUGCACGAUAUCAACGGCUCGCUGUACGGUGGUUGGUCUGCGUAUCAGAUGCUCUUCAGGACGGAUUUGCACUGCUAACGGAUUUGGUCAUCUACGGUAUCCUUCUAGACAACUCUGCACCUGCCACUGCCUCUUAUGCUGGGUUUAUUGCUCAGCUUGCACGCACCGGGUUCGUGCUGCAGGUCCCUUGCUCCCUUAAGGAUGCUAUAAAUCAGCAGGAGCUUCAGUCGUGGAGAAGGGGACGUAGUGCUUCAUGGUCAUCGCAGAGUCCUCCUUUCGUGAGGAAACCAGCUUUCUGGGAUAUGUAUAGCUGACUCAGCGAUCGAAUACAAGACCGUGAGUCAGAUCGAGACCUUGAAAAAGGAAUUUGCAAGAACUAAGGAGCCUGAGAGGAGAAAUAUGAGCUAUCGUUCAACUUUUCCCAAACUUCACCUUGAAAUAUUGCAAUGAAUGGAGAUACAAAAUCGGAAGGUAAAUCUAAUUGUGGUGUCAUCUGCAAAAAGAAGGAUUUGAUAAUCUGACGACCGAGAGUACUGCUGCAACGGCUGGUGCUCGGAGUCAACAUGCAGAUGAUUUCACUCCUCCCUUUCCAUCCACCUUCUUUGCUCGACACCUUUUUUUAAAAAUCUAUGUUAUUUUGGUAGUCUUGGGGCCAUCUGGAAGUCGUUUGGACGUAUUUGUGGAACUGAACUAAAGGACUGUCCUUUUUCCGGAUUCUGCAGCCACUGAGAUUUCUACCUCCGGAAUUCUACUGGGUGUAUGCGCUUGUGUGAUUGUGAGUGUGUGUAUGUGUAUCAGUUUGUGGCAGUGUGUGGAUGUGAUUUGCCUGCCUUGAUGUGUACGUAACUAUUUCUGUGUUCUUGCGGUUGGGUUUUACUUUCCCAAUGUCUGGCACUGCUGGCCAGCAUUUCAUCUUGUGCUGUCCAUGUCUGCUGAGUGCCCGGCCUUGGGGUUAACCCUUAACGUGCCACAGGCAAGAUGAGUGACAGCUCGGGAACAUUGAACAACUCUGGGGCUAUGGUACUGGAGGAGCCCGAUGGGAGAGGUGGCUCCGGUGGACGUGAACAAGCCCAGGCCCCUGCGCGUGGUGGGAUUUUAAGGUGUGGGACCUGUGCUCUUUGGCCUCGCCAACAAACCUGGCUCUGUGUGGUUCCACUUCUCAUUGGCUUCAUAGGACUGGGGCUCAGUCUGAUGCUGCUGAAAUGGAUUGUAGUGGGUUCUGUGCGUGACUACGUGCCUACUGACUUGGUGGAUGCCAAAGGUAUUGGUCAGGACCCCAUUUUUCUGUCCAAGCCUAGCACUGUUCCUAAGGGGUCUGACACAACUACUACUACUACCAUUAUUGGAGGGGUUAGCUCGGUUAGUCCCACUGUCACCACAGUGGUGCGGAGCAGGACUCGAACGGGAACUCCUCCCAACAUUCCCCCUAGAGGUGGAGGAGCAUCCGGCAGCCAGGUGACUCAGAAGAGCCCUUCUACACGAUUUGUCACUCGUAAUCCCACCUUUACGACCACCGUGGCCUCUACCACCACGUCUACUGUCCAUACAUCCACCUCCAGCCCCUCUCCCUCCAAUCCAGCGGUUCUCAACGACUCCACCCAAAUGUGGACCAGGGAGCACUCAUCCACUGAGAGGCACGUGACCACACCUGGUCGAACCCACGUCAGCCGCAAAACACCAUCGCCAACCCUGCCACCAUUGAAAUCGGAGCACUUCAAGCCGUGUCAGGAGAAGGAUCUGGCCUACUGCCUGAAUGAUGGCGAGUGCUUUGUCAUCGAGACCCUGAGCGGCCCACACAAACACUGCAGGUGUAAAGAGGGUUUCCAGGGCAUUCGCUGUGACCAGUUCCUGCCCAAGACUGACUCCAUCCUCUCAGACCCAAUGGAUCACUUGGGCAUUGAGUUCAUGGAGAGUAAGGAGGUGUACAAAAGACAAGUGAUGUCUAUCACAUGUAUUGCCAUGGGGAUCAGCUUUCUAGGCACCCUCUGCAUGGCUCUCUACUGCCGGAACAAGAGAAGGAGGGAAAAGCUCCAGGCACAUUUGAAGGAGAGUCGAAGCCUGAAAAACUACAACCUCAACUCUUCCAGCUUGGCCAGUAAACCCAAUCUUAGGCCUCAGCAUGUCCUGCAGCUCCAGAAAUUUUAUAAACCCACAAGGUCCACGCCACCACAUGGAGGUGCCAUUCGAGAGCUCAGUUUUGCUCCAAGUAAUGCUGACUCUACCAAUCCACAGGGCUCAAUGACAGGAAAACAGCUUAGGAGUAGCUCCCUCUCUCAUAGUCCUGAUCAGAGGUGUCGCUCUGCUCUUCGGCCUGCCUCGCGCAGAACCCCGCCCAUAACCAGAGGAUGCCUGAAUGCCAUUGGUGGAUCCAGAGACUCUGGCCCCGCCUACCAACAUCUACAGGAAGUAGACAGUUCAGAGAGGGAGUCAGUGAGAAGGAACAUCUCUGGCCCAGGUAAUGACCUGCAUCAGGAUUCAUUUUAUAAUAUGCAAGCCACGCAAUCCUCAAAAUCUUGGAGCAGCCACUUAGACCACAGGUGUGCUAGGAGUCUCCGGUCAGGCGGUCCAAGCCAAAGUCCUCCUGCUCCAUACCGACCCUGCUCAAUCCCAAUCAUUCCCUCUGUCCACUCCUACCAGGAUGAGGUCUCAUGUAUGCAAACCGCCCCCACUGAUGGAAGCAGUCGCUCUAGUCCUCUUGAGGGAACAGCGAAUACUGCAGCUGUCCAACAACAGUCCAUCCGAGCGGCUGGUAGACGGGAAGAAGUGGUUUCGCUACUGGAUGAGGCUCAGGAGCAGCUUCAAACGCUGGCACAUGCCCAGAGGAAACAGGAGGACCUUAGUAGCUCCGUCCCUCAGGGGGCCAAAGAGACUGUGUGCAUCCUUUUAGCAAAUGGGGGUGGACAAGGGGGAGUGGCCUCUUUUGGGCCAACGGAGACUCAGUUGGUGAGCCCAAGAGACACACACAAAGAUGCUACAAAGCCCGGCCAAUGAGAAGCGGCGGACAGGACUAACCACAAACGUCCCGUGUGUCUUAGGGCUUCACAAAGCUCUGCCAAAAUUGGGAUAUCACUGAAACCUACUGUACCAUCGAAUUUCUGAGGACCUGCUGUUGGUAGAAGUGUGGGGAGAGUUGACAGUCUGGAACAUGUGAAAAGAUAAUUUAUUUAUAUGCAUUUAUUUAAGGAGAACUUCUACUUAGAAAAAGAAACCAAAUAGUCUGUCAUCUCCAUGGUGUUUUUAACUGUAUAAAAUAUACAUAAAUAUAUAUAAAUGGAUAUAAAUAUAUGAAUUCAAACUGGUGACCAAGUACAAAAAAGGAAUAUGGGAAUGAGAAACUUUCUUUUGUAAUGUAUCAGCUCCACAUCCUUAAAGACUAAAUACUCAGUGGUUUAAAAAAAAAAAAAAAGAAUUAUAUAAAAAAGAGGAGUUUUUUCCACUCGUUUCACACAUUUCCAGCCAAGCUAAGCUUGUCCGACACACAAUCUUGUGUUUUGCACCUGCAGCAGCUGUGUUUACUAUCACCGUCCCAGUCACUGUCCUCUACCCUGCCAAGGAAUAUGGCUCCAUCUGCCUUUGAAAACCGUGGAACGUGGAUUACAAUUGGACUAAAUUUCUAAACGCUAAUCGUAUCCAGGCAUGAGGUAACUGAUAGUUAAGCACUGCCUCCAAGACAUCGAUUGGAAGAAUUUGGUGUGUCUGUCUGUUUGUGGAGCAAUCUGCGCUUUGUUUUCUGUGCCUCGGUACGUUCACUCAUUCAUUUUGGUUGGGAUAAGCUGACGGAACAGAACACUUUGUACUGUACACCAUCUGAGAUGCACAAACAGAUAGUUGUCGCCUCUCUGGAUGGACCGAGGAGAUUCCUGCAUGGGAUAUUAGAGGGCAGGUUCGGCCAACACAAGGAGCUUCUGUUUUUUUGUUUUUCUUAUAGGAUUGUCUGCUGCUUUCUGGGAAAGUGGGUGGAAGCAGCAGUCACUAUCAGUCUGUAUGCUACCUUUGGAUUGGGACAUAAUAUGUCUGUGAAUUAACAACCAAAUGUGGAAAGAAAGAAAAAUUAACAAUGAAUCUUUUGUGAAACUGUUUCUUUGUUUACAAUGUUUUUUUUCUUUUCUUUUCUUUUCUGACCCCCGAUUCACACAUUUGUGCAUGUUGAUGGUAUUGUUUUGCAGAAUCAACCCAUGACAAUUAAUGAAACCUAGAACAUUUUAUAGAAAAGCCCCACUAAAAUGUAAUUGACAUGAAUCUGAUGAUUUCAAUUCAAAUACUGACCUAAAACAACUUGAGUGGUCUGAGUUUUAUAGAUCAUCUUUAUUGACCAUCUUAUGAGAAAUGCUCAAUGGCAGCCUUAUAUCAGAUUUUCUUUUCUUACAGGCUGUUGUUCAUUCACGAGAAUUUAUUUAAGACCUGACCGCUGUAGUUUACUUUUAAAUCCCUCUUCGCAUUUAAUGUUGCAUUUGUCCACCAUCGCAGGUUGUGUCCACCAUGCCAGCCAUAACUCAAGGACAAAAUAAAAUAAAAUAUCUCCUGGUAAGAGAAAGCAAAGUUAAAGGUUAGCCUGAGGCAGAAAGUAGCUAUAAGGGCAGACAGAUAAGGCUCUCGCUUGAUCUUAUAACAUCUUCCUCUGGCUACAAGCACUGACCUCAUCAGCAAAGCACAGUGUGGUGGCAUGUCAAUCAAAUGCUAUAUGCCAAAACACCCGUACCAGUCUGUAAUCGUGGAUCAUAUUGACAAUAUUACUGGAUGGGAGAUUUCGAUUUUAAAUGCUGUUGUCAAAAAUGUUUUAAUGGAAAAUGAAGAAAUGGUAUUUUGGUAAGAAUGUUGCUGACUGCUGAAUUUCAAAGUGUUUUGUUUCCUACGGUUGAGGUCAAUGUUUAUUCAGAAGAGAUCAGCAUUCAUGAGAAGAAAUAAACAGAAGAGUAAAUGAUGCCUCAGUUUUAAUUUUGAGUGAACAACCCCUUUAAAAGUAAGAGGUUAUUUUUUUAUUUUGUGACAUAGCAUGUUACAAUAUGUUUAUUCACUUUUUUAAGCUUUGUGUAUGCAUGUAGUUUUAUCCAUUUAUUUUUACAUGCAACAAAAGUGAUGCCAUAUUACUAGGUGAUCUAUAAAACUGCAGACUCAAUCACAUCCAGGCCAUAUCAACAGAUACAGAAAUUGUUCUUCACCUGUUAAUGUUCACUUUCAGUUGAAACGGUGUGGGAAAUGUUUCAUUUAAGCUGGACCAUAUUUUGUACACUAGUGCUUAAGUAUAUUAAAUUAUGUUUUUGCACAGUAAUUGCAAUGUAUGGUACUUUAUGCUGUCAUUAUUUCACAAUGUGACUUGACGAAUUUAUUACUGAAGAGAGAAAUAUAUUGCAAGAUCUGUUCGGACAGAAUGCGGAACUACAUGUGCAAGAGGGUUGAACACGAGCACAACUGAAAUUUCUUGGUUCUGUUUGACAGCCCCCUUGACGUACUUUAAUGUGCAAUUUCAAAAACGAAAAAUGACAAUUUUGUUCAUCCUUGUAUGUGAGAAACUGCAUUAUUGCCCUCCCUAUUGAAAUAGUUUUUCUUUUAAUUUAGUUCAUUUUUUUAUUUUUUCAAUAAAGAUGAAUCUUCAGUGUUGAAUCAUA